CAACUGCCGAGAUGAUGUUACAUUUUCGAAGAUAUGAAUACAGAUGAGGUUUGCUCUUCAUAAUUCGAAGGUCAGAGUCAGAUGAAAAACAAAAUCUUGGGAGGAAGCCAACACCAUCUAGCUUUCCACACACAAAUUCUUUUCAGCAUGGGAUCCCAAACACAGUCUCAACUUCAUGUGGUGGACUUCACCGACGAAAACAUGAAGCCUGGCACCGAUGCAUGGCUCUCAGCGUGCAGUGUUGUGAGGACUGAACUUGAGAACAAUGGUUUUUUCAUGGCACGCUAUGAUAAAGUUGGCAAAGAGCUAUGCGACUCUGUUGUAUUUGCAGUGGAAGAGUUUUUUGGUCUCCCAGUGGAGACAAAAGCGCAAAAGACUAGUGACAAACCUUUCCAUGGCUACUUAGGGCAAGUCUCGUGGCUUCCCUUGUAUGAAUCUGUGGGCAUUGAUGAUCCGUUGACCUUACAAGGGUGUCAAAAAUUCGCCCACAUAAUGUGGCCGGAGGGGAAUGGUCGUUUCUGUGAAAGCAUCAAUGAGUAUGCUAAGUUGUUAGGAGAAUUAGACCAUAUGGCGAAGAGAAUGGUGUUUGAGAGCUAUGGUGUGGACAUGCAACGAUGCGAUUCUUUCAUAGAAUCAAACGAUUAUCUACUUCGAUGCAUGAAGUAUAGAACACCCCAGAUGGAUGAAAAUGAUUUGGGACUGCAACCUCACUCGGACUUGACCAUCACAUCCAUUGUACAUCAGCUGAAUAAUCUGAAUGGCUUGGAAAUCAAACUGAAGGAUGGGGAAUGGAAAGAGAUUGAUGCUUCACCUUCCUUGUUUGUGGUUAUGGCAGGUGACGCAUUCAAUGUGUGGAGUAAUGGCAGGAUACGGCCAUGUGAACACAGAGUGACGAUGAAUGGAAAGAAAAGCAGAUACUCUAUGGGACUGUUUUCUUUUGGUGGUAAUAAGAUGAUGCGUAUACCAGAUGAGCUAGUUAACGAUCAACAUCCCUUGCGUUAUAAACCAAUAUUCGAUCAUUAUGAAUACCUUCGUUUCUAUGACAAAGAGAAAAUCAAAGAGCCUUAUUCUCGAAUCCAAGCCUACUGUGGAAUCUCAUCCCUACAAUAGUGUGUACGAAGAAGAAGGACAUUAAUGUUAACCGUGAUGAUCGAGUUGCUUUUGUGUGUAUGAAUUAAUUGGUUGCUGCCUUAACACUAAAUUCAUAUUAGAUAUGUAUAUGAUUUUAAAAUUUGACAUAUAGAGGAGUACUUAAUUACUCAUCAAAUUAUUGCAAGUCAUUUUAUACUCAGUCAGCAGAACUUUAAAAGUGACCGAGUUAAGAACUUGGUGGUACAAGAAGUGUCAUUUAGGAUAAACUUUUGGUUCAUAGCUGCUUUUGAAGAUGCUGAAGAGGAAAACACUUUGUCCAAAGUGAGUCAAGGUCACUUGAUAAUUUCCAGUGAGCCCAUAAAACUAUCUGAGUUCUGUCCAUCCAGCUAGUAAAGCUGGGCUCACCAGAUCUUGGUUAUAUGUAACAGAAUGUAUGUUGCCACUAGACUGUAACAGAUGUCAAGUAAGCUUUAAUUCAUUCUUCUAUCUUGCAACAAAUGA